AUGGAGGACGGAAAGAAAGAGCUGUCACACGGCGAUCUUGUAAAUUUGAAUGCCGCCACAUCUGCUGAUGUUAAUUGCGUCAAAUUAGAAGAAUGUUCAUCUUCUCUGCUAUUCAACCCUGACAUAGACCAGAUGGAUGAGGAAGGAUACACACCGCUCUACAAGGCAGCUUUAGAAGGUGAUCUCGAAGGUGUUAAAGACCUCAUUUCACAUGGAGCAAACCCAAAUAAACCAAGUAAAGAUGGACUCCGUCCACUUCAUGCAGCGGCUCAAGAAGGACAGGAACACAUCGUUGACUUCCUCAUCCUUCAAGGAGCGGACGUGAAUGUCGAGUGUGACUUAGCUCAGACUCCUCUUCAUACAGCAGCUGUAAAUGGCUAUGCUGACAUCGUAGAGAAGUUCAUAUCAAACGGAUCUGAUGUGAACAAGAGAGAUAACACUGGGUGCACACCAUUCAAUGCUGCCGUUAAAUAUGGUCAUCUACAUGCCGUCCAAUACCUCAUGACUGAGAAAUGGAAGCAGAACAGAUAUGAUGGUAUGACCCCACUCUAUGCCGCAGCAUAUUUUGGUCAUGUAGACAUCGUCAAAUUAUUCAUAACCUGUGACGCAGAUAUGAACGAAGAAGGAGAUGAAGGUAAAAUUCCUCUCCACGGUGCUGCUGCUCGAGGCCACAUGCAAAUCGUGGAAUAUCUCAUUCAACAAGGAUCCAAUGUGAACAGGAAAGAUAACACUGGUCUGACCCCACUCUAUGCUGCAGCAAAUGUUGGUCACUUAGACAUCGUCAAAUUCUUCAUAUCCGAUGGUGCUAAUGUGAACGAAGAAAAUGAUGACGGGAGAAUUCCUCUCCAUGGUGCGGCUUUUAACGGUCAAAUGAAAGUCAUGAAGUAUCUCAUUCAGCAAGGGUCUGAUGUGGACAAGAGUGAUUCCAAGGGUUGGACACCAUUUAAUGCUGCUGUCCAAGAGGGCCAUUUAGGAGCCGUCAAAUAUCUCAUGGAUAAGGGAGCGAAGCAGAACAGAUAUGAUGGUAUGACCCCACUCUAUGCCGCAGGAGAAUUCGGUCAUUCAGACAUCGUGGAAUUCUUCAUAUCGAAUGGUGCUGAGGUGAACGAGGAAAAUGACAAAGGGACGGUUCCUCUCCAUGGUGCAGCUACCAGAGGCAGAGGUUACAUGAAAGUGAUGAAAUAUCUCAUUCAGCAAGGAUCUGAUGUGAACAAGAAUGAUUGUAGAGGUUGGACGCCAGUAAAUGAUGCAGUCAAACAUGGCAAUUUAGACGUUGUCGAACUUCUCUUAGGGAAAGGAGUUAAGGAUACCAGUUUUGAAGGAUUGACCCCACUUUAUAUCGCAGCACAGUAUGACCACGUCGAUGUGGUAAACUUCAUAGUCUCCAAUGGAGAUGAUGUGAACGAAAGAAAUGAAUGUGGCAAGGUUCCUCUUCAUGCAGCAUGUUUCAAUGGCAACAUGGAUAUCGUGAAAGUUCUCGUUAACCACAACUCUAAUGUCAAUGAACAAGAUCAAAGUGGACGAACACCACUCGAAGCCGCUGCACAAAAAGGACAUCAGGAUGUAGUAGAUUACCUUGCAUUGAAUGGAGCAGACAUGAACGUGAGGGACAUAGAUGGUCUGACGCCGUUCCGAGCAGCAGCAAACACAACCCAUCCACAUGCGAUAGAAGGUAUCUCACCUUCUAGAGGUGACCCGGAUGAGGAAGAAACAGGAGAUCCAGAACCUGGAGGACACCAGAAGCUAAUCACAAGAGGAUAUAUGACGGUAUCACUGACAGAUACAGACACACAGUCUCGUAUAGGACAGUUAGCAUCUCACGUAGAUGAUACAGAGGAGGGGAAUGGCUGCAAUCAAGCUGAUAAUUCGAAAAGAGGAGACAAUCAGCUCUCCUUGAAGAAUCUUCCCAGACUGAUCCCUGAGGCUGCAGAAGGUGGCAAUCGAGAACGCAACCCUUUCGUCCAAGCUAAGCUGAAGUAUCCUGACAAAGGUGAACAAGAUCCGAUGCUAGAUCAGAUGGAGCCAAUUAAGUGCACCGGGACAAAGACAAGAGACACCAAAAGAAAUGACACAGACUACCCUUCCCCGCGUGGACCUCAGACGUGGCAAUACAGCGGAUUCGAUUCACCCUCUCUACAUACCAUGGAGACUGACAGUCACCCGUCUGAAGAACCGGAAUCCAGAUGUCACUCACUAAUGAAUGAAAACAAGGAAAUGAGAGUGAGUGGUUAUUGA